CUAUAAACCAGAGAGAGAUACUACAUCAUUUGGAUUAAAUCUUGUAGUUAAAGUUACAUUGGACUUGGCCAGAAGGCAUAUCAUUAUAACCCAUUUAACCUAAGCAUCCAAUCCAUUAUUAAUCCAUUUAUAUAGCUACCAUAAAUUAUGAGCAUUAUUAACUUAAGUACAAAGGACCAGAAGUUAAGCAUUGCGCUUAUCUUCCAUUUGACAAUGUAGAUUCCCUGGCCAUUAAUCAAACGUUAGCAUUUUCAAACAGCAUUUUAUCUACUUUUUACGACCUUGGGCUUCUCGGAAAUUUGCAUGUUUCUGCCAAAAUUAAAUACACCCAAGCUCGUGAAAGAUGUUCGAGAAUUUAUGGCUCAGUUAUUUAGUCUUUGUGGGAAAAAUUGAAAAGCCGGCAUUGCCACCAGCGAAUUACCGGCAAUAGGAAACGGAAAUAAGUUAAGCACAAUGAGCUAUGUUCCUUUCGCCAUGAACGUGACAGGCUUGAAGGACCUUGAGGAGAGUCUUCCCACCGCAGGAUUCCCUGCGUGUGUCUGCCACAUGAACUCAAAUUAAACUGUCGGGGCAAUAAAUCAAAUGAAACGAGGGAAAAGCAGACUUUCCUUGAGUGUUGCUGCCGGCUAGAUAGGAGGAUAUCCUAUGACGGCUUGAACAUACAUAUGUCACCUUGCUUUGGUUACUAUUUAAAUAGAUUUUAAAUUGAUGUCUCUAAAAAUAGCAAGUAGAUUUCACGGAUCAAGCAACAGAACAAUUAUUAAACUGGUUUCAUAUUUCAGAAUUUUCAUAUUUUGUACAGAAUACAAUUUAACGUUCACCUUAAACAGUUACUAAAAACCGCAUUUGCUCAAGGCCUAUUUCAGCAACAUCCUAAGCCACAAUCAAUCACUUGAGUUACGAGUUUGUUGGCCUAAUCCCCGACCCAAGGCAACGUAACUGCUCCAAAUCCUCCGGGGAAAGCAAUUUUGGGAAAGCAAUUUGGACGAUAGACAGGACUUCGCAGCACCAAGGACAUUCACAUCCUGCCCCACCAUGUACGGAAUGCUGUACGAGAGCGUGCAGCACUACAUCCAGCAGGAGUACGGCAUGGAGACCUGGCGCAAGGUCUGCCAGAUAAUCGACUGCAAGCACCAGAGCUUCAAGACGCACCAGAUCUAUCCGGACAAGCUGAUGCCGGACUUUGCGGCUGCCCUGUCCGCCAGCACGGGCGAGUCCUUCGACUUCUGCAUGAACUUCUUUGGGCGCUGUUUUGUGCGGUUCUUCAGCAACUUUGGCUACGACAAGAUGAUCCGCUCCACAGGGCGAUACUUCUGCGACUUCCUGCAGUCCAUCGACAACAUCCACGUGCAGAUGCGCUUCACGUAUCCCAAGAUGAAGUCGCCCAGCAUGCAGUUGACCAACAUGGAUGACGAUGGGGCUGUGAUCCUGUAUCGCAGCGGCCGAACUGGCAUGUCCAAGUACCUGAUUGGCCAGAUGACAGAGGUGGCAAAGGAGUUCUACGGCCUGGACAUGACUGCCUACGUCCUGGAGAGCCAAAAUGACAUCUGCGGCGGCACAGCCGGUCCCAUCAAGCUUACGGAGGGUCCUCUGACCGUAAUUGUCAAGUAUCGGUUGGACUUUGAUAAUCGCGAUUACAUGGCCAAGCGGGUCAAUGUCAUCGCACAUCCUUCCCAGCUCAAGAUGCCGUCGGUGGAUCUGAAUGUGUUCCUCGAGCUGUUUCCCUUCACCAUUGUGCUGGAUCACGACAUGAAAAUCACACUUGCGGGCGAGAAGAUUGUCGAGACGUGGAUUCUGCACAAUCCUGGGGUGAACCCAAAGACCUUUAUUGGCAGCCACAUAUUGGAUCGGUUCAAGUGCCGCCGUCCCAAGGACACUCAAAUCCAAUGGCAGACCAUUUUGCAGAUGCGAACCGUCCUCUUUGAGUUCGAGCUCAUUCGCACGGGUCACAACCGUGCCGCCUAUGAUGCGGCCUUGAACUUUGACUUCGAAAACUUUGAUGAAGCCAGCAGCCUGAACGAGGCGCAGGCCAUGGCCUUGGCCAGUGCCAAGGAGUUCAGUGCGGAGAACGCCAAGGAAGAGGCAGCUGGCGCAGGCAGCUCCAAGGACGAAAUAGAUCCCGCAACGGGACAGAGACGCCAUUCGGUGGGACUCCGAUCCAUCUUGCUGAAGGGUCAGAUGUUCUACAUCAAAGAUGUGGACUCGCUGAUCUUCCUGUGCAGUCCUCUAAUCGAAAAUCUGGAUGAGCUGCACGGAAUUGGUCUCUAUCUGAACGAUCUCAAUCCGCAUGGACUGAGUAGAGAGCUAGUUAUGGCGGGAUGGCAGCACUGCUCCAAGCUGGAGAUCAUGUUCGAGAAGGAGGAGCAGCGAUCGGACGAGCUGGAAAAGUCGCUUGAACUGGCAGAUUCGUGGAAACGGCAGGGCGAUGAGCUCCUGUACUCCAUGAUUCCGCGGCCCAUUGCCGAGCGAAUGCGGAAGAGCGAGGAGCACGUGUGUCAGAGUUUCGAAGAGGUGUCCGUCAUUUUCAUCGAGGUGCUCAAUGUCUAUGACAGUGGAUCCAACAACAUCCAGGAUGCCAUGCAGGCGGUGACCACCUUGAAUAAAGUGUUUUCGGCAUUGGAUGAGGAGAUCAUUUCCCCAUUUGUGUACAAAGUGGAGACCGUGGGUAUGGUUUACAUGGCUGUUUCGGGGGCUCCAGAUGUGAAUCCCUUGCACGCCGAGCACGCCUGCGACUUGGCCUUGAGGGUGAUGACGAAGGUCAAGGCCCAUGCCCUUCCCGGAGUGGCCAUACGGGUGGGCAUCAACUCGGGACCCGUGGUUGCAGGAGUGGUUGGAAUGAAGGUUCCUCGAUACUGCCUCUUUGGAGACACCGUAAACACCGCCUCGCGAAUGGAAAGCAGCAGUGAUCCCUGGAUGAUCCAGCUAUCCAAUUACACUGCGCUGAAGGUGAGGAAGGUGGGCUACAAGGUGGAAGCGCGGGGCUUUGUCAAGGUCAAGGGCAAGGGCGAGAUGGAGACCUACUGGCUGCUGGAGGGACCAGAGUAGUACUGAAGAAUUGAUUGUGUUUAGUAAACCACAAUUUGUACAAUAUAUAACAAGGCGGAAAACCACCGCUGGGGUAUACAAAUAUAAAAACCAUAUUUUGAGAAUCAAAAUCUUGUAACCUUUUGGAAAAAAUCAGGUUUAAAAAAGUUAUGUCAAAAGAGUCUUUUCGACUUCUUGGUAAAAGUGAACGAAUACCUUAUUACCUACAUAUAUGAUAAAAGUGGAU